CAACAUGCACAUGCACACACCACCACCCUCCAAAUUAAGCUUCUACUUAUACGCUACCUCUUGCAUCACCUUACUGCAUCGUCACAAGCUAAUCAACCUAAGCUAGCACUACUCAAACUUCCUCGCCAGUCACCACCACACUUUAGACACUUCACUCACUAGCUCAGCACAUAUCACAUUGAUCGUGCAAUGGCUCGCUUCGCCCUUGUCGCGGUGGUCGCCGUCCUGGCGGCUCUGGCGGUGGCCGAGACAGCCUCGGCGGCGGUCAGCUGCGGAGACGUGACGUCCCUCGUCGCGCCGUGCCUGGGGUACGCGAUGGGCAGGGCGUCGACCCCGUCUGCGGCGUGCUGCAGCGGGGUGAGGUCCCUGAACAGCAGGGCGUCCUCGACGGCCGACCGGCAGGCGGCGUGCAGCUGCCUGAAGAGCAUGGCCGGCAGGCUCGGGGGCGCCACCAUGGGCAACGUCGCCAGCAUCCCCGGCAAGUGCGGCGUCAGCGUCGGCGUCCCCAUCAGCGCCAACGUCGACUGCUCCAAGGUUAACUAAUCAUUAAGGUAGCCAUGCAUUAGCAGUGUCCAUGCAUGUACCACCUCGAUUGCGCGCUGUACGUAGGCUGUAGCUGAUCGAUGGAUGUGCGUGCGUGCGUGCCACAGAGGAGAAGGUCAUCCAGUGAUGACCUACUCCAUUUAUCACCUUACCACCACCACCCUCUUUGUUCCUUUACCAUUCGUUGUUUGUGGUUGCUGUCCUUCUGUUCUUAUGUACCAUGUUGCUCUGGCAAAAUAAUAAACGCACUUAAGGGCUUACGUCCUUACGCUCUGCA